CCCCGUGCACGCGUCACGAAAACACACCCACACAACCAAGCCACAUGAACAGAGGCAGUCAGUUGAUCACAUCGAUAUCGAUCAGUGCCUUCCACGCACACAAAAGUCACAUCGACGUGUUGUCGUCAGUCAUCGAAACACUAGGGACACCGAGAAGAGAGCAAGCAGCCACGAGAGCAGCGCCCACAGCGGUCGUCUCCUCCAGCCAAACGACGACAGGUCAGCGGCCUUGCAGAUGUGGAUUAUGUGAGCACAGAAAUCUCCUUUCACUUUGGCCAGGAAGGGGUGGGCCUUGCUGUCGGCCACGUCAGCCGAGGCAACCAUGCUCGCCUGUGCCGUCCUUGCAAACGACUCCGGGAGGCCUGCACAUCACAUCCAUAUGGACAAAGAAAUGCAGCUAAGAGUGUGUUGGUGUGUUGUGUCUCUCUGUGUUGUGCGUCUGUUAGGCUCACAAUGCUCGUUGUCGAGCAUUUGCCGGACUUCGGGCUUGAGUUUGCUGAUGAGUGCAGGUGGGUCGAAGUAUUCCGUCAGCUGCUCUGCGUUCCAUGGCAUCGGCAGCGACCGGCACAGUGUGUCCCAUGGCCCCAGCUGCACACAAACGUGUGUGUGAAGGCAUGGAUGGCUCGGUGGUGUCCUCACGUCACCUCAUCUCACCUUUGCUCUUUUCCUCUGCAGAAUAUGAUGGACGGCCUCCGUCCGGGUGAACUUGUAGAGUGUCAGCUGCCAGAAGUCAGCGACAGAACCCGACAUCAGACUGCGCUGCACGGCCAGACGGACGACACAAGCCCGUGAAGUUCGCUUCUCUCUUUUUCUGUGAGAUUCACUGGCACCUCAUGGCCUGCCCGGAUGAGGUUCCGCUCCAUGUCCAGGUAAUCUGCUAUCACCACCGACCUAACGACAGACACACAUCACAAUGAUGAUCACAUCUCACAGACGCGAGAUACUGUGUCGUCCUGUCUAAUGUUUAUCUGCCUGUCUGCCCACCAGGCCUUUCGCAUGGAUGUCGGCGCGUAUCCCUCCGGACACUGGAGUGUCCCUGGUGGGCUGCCGACAUCCGUGUACAUGGCAGGGGUGAGGUAGCUCAAGCCCCUGUGGGAGCCUGACGACAUGCAUGACGGGAGGUGUGCUUGCGUGUCUCUCUUUCUCUUCCAUACAGAUGUUGAAGAAGUGUUUUCUGAUGGUCUCUGCUGUUGAUGAGGGCACAUAUGGCGGGUCUCCUGCAGGCAGCUCCUUUAUCGCGCUCUUCCAAGACGAUGGCAAGCCUGUAGAGACCGACAGAGGAUUGGCCGAAUGAGACACGAGACCCAUAUUUCCUCUCACACAUAGUGUCGGAGACUUACAGAAUCCAAGAUGAAAGUCCGCCACUUGUGCCAGAUUUGGAGGAGGGGAGCUGAUCAUGUGCCGCAUCCAUGUGGUCCAUUCAUCGCUCUGGGAGGCUGGGUCACUCGGUGGCGGCAGGUAGGUCCACAGGGCGUUGCAGAUGUGCUGAAAGGGCCCUUUGCCGACGUGAGUCACAAACGCCUUCUUCCUGGCCUGGAGUCAAGGCAACAGAUCAUAUCCGAAAAGGCGGGUGAUGUUCCCCAGGCCAAUGAAUCAAUGACUGGCGGACUAACCAUGACAUCGAUCAGUCUUUCCAGCGACUCCUCUGCAGAGAUGUUUCUGAUGGACUCUUGGCAGUUAGAGACUCCAGUGAGGACCCGAUGGAUGCUGCAGUGGACCUCCUGCUUGGCAUUCUUGUGCGCAUCCUGCACGGCAUUGUAGUGCUGCCACCGCCACAGCCGCCACACGUCCCAUAUCCUAAUCGGCUCGAAGCCCUGAGAUACGAACACCCAGGGAAAUCAGUCACUCAUUCCGAUGUUCCCAUCUCUCACCUUGAAGCACAUGGCUUGGUUGGCCUCGUAUUGCUUGGAGUCGUCAGGAUAGAUGUAAAUCGGUUCUGCGAAUUCCAGAUUGUCCGGUGGGGCGAAUGCAUAGCAGUUGCCGUCACGCGCGCCGCCACCAUGACUGCCUGACGACAGAAGAGAAAUGGCAGUAGUCGACGAUCGGUACUGUAUCGUUCAUUCCUACAGAAUUGGUUGAUGUGGCUGAUCAUGUCGAUGGCGUGCAGGCUGUCGCGCUGGGGCUUUGAGGACUCGUGAGAAUGGACAUAUUCUUCCAUGAUAAUGAGAGAAGGCAUACCUGUCACAAGUUGACAAACAAGCAGUGUGGAUACAUAGACAAUACGAAGGGUGGAUUUGUCACGCACAUGUGCCUUUGUCCCAAUGGUCAGCCAGCUGGUCCCUCUUGAGCUGCAACAAGUGAUCCGGAGCGAAAUAGUGCCCCCAAAUGGGGGCGCCCUUCUCUUGUCGCUGUCCAGGCAGCCUCGGCAGCCCCGCCCUCUCCACCAAGUCACACACAUACCUGCAUGUGACCAAGGCGGCAUGGCCAUAUACAUCAUCUGAAGGCCGAUAUGGACAAUGUCAGUGCCCUGUCCCGGCGGCCCACCUCUCCAGCUGGGGCGAGAUUCGGGGCCUCGGAGCGUUGGGCCUGCUCGCAAGACCGAGACCAAAUCCACCAAGUGCCGGCCCUUCGGGCCAUAGGAAUUCUUUCAGUGACGGGAGAUGCUGCAUAUCCUCGUGGUAGAGGUGGGCCCAAGCCCUCCACAGGUCAGUCAGGCGGACCGGCUGGAAGUUGGGACAGCAGAACCGCUGCAAGCGACGGUACCUGCAUUUCAACACGGGGACACAAAUGUGGAUGGAUGCAUUUGCACCACUUCUGGGCCGCUCUCUUCGCUCACUUGUCACUCUUUUUGUCGGCUGGUAUGUGUUGAAAGCGGUCAGGCUGGACGGAAAGGAAAUUGUCCGCAUCGGCACCAUGGCAGCAUUGAUAGACCUCUUGCCCAGCAGUAGUCGGUCCGACCACUCCGCCGACUUCCGCCUUCUGCUGACAAAGCAGCUCCUCUUGAGGCGAAUGCUGCUCUCGCAACCUGCACUCAUACAUUGGGGGAAAGAGCAUUGUGUCUCGCGAGGACACAACACCAGUGCAGAGCCACCUCACCUUUCUGAAAGGUACUCCCAUGCGUCGGCGGUUGUCGUGGCCUCUUCUGGGUGAUGCUGGCUUGUCCCGCUUAUCAUUCUGAGCCUCUGCACGAUGGCGUGGGAGGCGGCGGUCUUGCGCCGGUAUGCCUUCAGGCACACUUCUCCCCAUUUGGAGCACUCUGCAAUGAUGCAGGCAGAGACAGACACAAAUGGACACAUUGCAGGUCUCUCAGCCACCCAUGAGUCCAUCUGCCUUGUCAUACUCUUGGUGAAAGUGACGAUGUAUUCAAAGGAGCCCUCUGGCGUGGCCACUGCAAAUAGAACAGGAGAAGCCGUGCAGAGGGCUUCUCUCAUCAUCUUCCUUACCUGCGUCGCUCUCGUCGCUGGUCAGGUCACUCUCGUCGCCUGGUCCAUUUGCAGAGAGAUGAGCCGAAUGCACGACCGUCUUGACAGGCGAAACACUGAAGAGCGCGAAUGCGGCAGGGAGAAGUCGGUGUGGGAUUGAUUCCUCCCGCAUUGUGUUAACGAAGAGGCAGCGGCAGAGUGGUGGGUCCACAAAUAUCAACAGGACGACGAGGGCGUCGGUGAGGAACAUCGCG